GCUAUAACUCGUUCGUUUCUCUUUUAUCCGCGAAGAUAUUUGAGAGGUAGUUCCAGUUGGGUAGUGGGGAGUGAGGGAUGUCGUCUUCCACUGGCCUCCCGAGCUCCGGCGUCGGAGGAGGCGGCGGCAACGGCGACGGCGGAUGGGUGCAGCCGUUUCCAUCGAAGACGUCAGUGCAAACGUUGGGAAAGAGGAUCCAGAAGGAGAUGCUAGAGCUCAACGCCGAUCCCCCCGCCGGUUGCUCCGCCGGCCCCAAGGGCGAUAAUCUCUUCCACUGGGUCUCCACCAUGAUCGGACCUCAAGGUUCUCCAUAUGAAGGUGGAAUAUUUUUUCUUGACAUCGUGUUUCCACAAAAUUAUCCAUUCAGACCCCCCCAGGUUACAUUCAAAACUAGGAUAUUCCACUGUAAUGUCGACUCUACUGGAAAUCUAAAUCUGGACAUCUUGAAAGAUGGUUGGAGUCCUGCUCUGACAAUUUCAAACGUGCUGCUGACCAUUAAGGCAAUUAUCACCAAUCCUGAUCCAUAUAAACCCCUAGUGUCAAGCAUUGCUUGCUUGUAUUUGACAGAUAGAGCUAAACAUGAUGAAAUAGCUGCUGAAUGGACAAUGCGUUUUGCCAGAUAAAGAUAUCAGCAUCCUGAUAACCAGAAAGCUAAUGCAGAGAAUUUGGUGAAAUUAAUGAUCAUAGAAAAUUUCCUGCAAUAGUUUGAGAAGCUGGAUACAGUGCUCCUGAUGAUAUGAUAAGCAACUGAACUUGUUUUUAGCUGUAAAUAGUUUGUUCCUCUAUGUUUUUCCAGGUAAGGACUCUUGUAUUUGAGCAUGAGUAUUGCAAGAGAGAAUCAGAGAACAAUGUCUAUCUGCUAUUAAAAUGUACAGAAUGGCCUUGUUUUUGUUGUGAACUUGUUUUCUUGAUGAGCUGAACAUUCUAUAAGUGGCACACAAACUUCUCAAUGCGUGCUUAAAUCAUUUGAGUUCAACA